AUGGAUUCCCCUCCCGUGACCAUCGUCGACACCCCCGAGGCGGUCUCCAAGCUGAUGGACGAUCUCCUCGUCAAACCCACAGAGCACUUUCAGACCUAUCUCGUCGACGUGCACACCCUCGGCGAAACAGCCUUCUCCACCCCGGCCGCCGACAACGCCACCACCCUCAAGACAAUCUUCGAAUCGCCCACCCGCACAAAAGUGUUCUUUGACGUGCGCAACGACUCCGACGCCCUUAAAGUCCUGUACAACGUUGUUCUGGAGGGCGUCGAAGACGUGCAGAUCAUGGAGCUCGGGUUCCGCCGGUGGUCCGGCGGCGGCUGGCUCCGGGGGCUUCGGGCCUGCGUCUCGGACAGCACGCAGCUCGGCCUCUCGGCGGAGGAGAAGAAUCGGUGGCUGGAGAACAAAUGGCAGAUGAUGAGGAAGUUCCGGUCCGAGGGCGCGGCGGCCGAGAACCACGAUCUGGGCUUGACCCAGCGGCCCUUGACCCCCGAGGCCGUGGCGUACAGCGUCGGCGACGUGGUACUCCUGCCGCAGCUGCAGCGCGAGUAUAUGGCCUCGCUCGACGAUUUCUGGAUGUGGUUCGUGGCCCGAGAGACGGCUGCCCGCGUGAAGGAGUCGCAAGACGAGGGGUAUGUGCCGGAUGGACCGCACAAGGCCUUGGUGCCGUGGUCGGUGCUCGACUUCCAGGAGCGGAUUGAGGAGUAUAACCUGAUGAUUGAGGAUGAGUAUUCUACUGAUGAUAAUGAUGUUGAUGAUGAUGAUGAUCAUGAAGAUGAUGAUCAUGAUGGAUCAGAGGCCUCAGAUGCCGAGGAGGGCUUUCUCUUGUUCUAUUUAGUGUCUUUUGGAUGAUGUUUUCCAGUGUCUCGGACAGAAGUAUUUACUGUACUGUUCAUUCUGCCUGGAACUGCUCAUGGAUGCUCG